CGUAGUUUCCCCCCUGGCCACCUUUAUAUGAUUUCUGUGAAGACUCGUGAGGGGGUUCACCGUGAUCUAGCCCUCAACAACCUCACUGGUUGCCAUAGUUUUAGUUUCCCCCCUGUCAUCUGAUUCAUUGACAAAGCUUGUUAUCCUGCUGUGCCACUUUGACCAUCAAAAAUGGGCAUUCCAGUCCUCUCGACACCGCCGGAUGCGCGGAUGAACUACAUUAUCGACCAACUCGAGGGCGAGCAUGUCACGAUCCCAGGAAGCAAAGGAACGUUCCGAAUCUUGGCGUCGUCAAAGCAGACCAAUGGAGGGAUGGCCGUCUUCCAAAGCGGCGCAGUCCUCUCCGACGCACCUGGCUUCCAUUGGCACGCAGAGGCGCACGACGUCUUCCUGGUGACCAAGGGCUUCCUGAAGCUCUGGAAUGGAGACAAAUGUAGGAUCAUGGGGCCGGGUGACUUUGCAUAUAUACCUCCAAAAGUCAUCCACAACCCCGAACUUUUGGGCCCUCAUACCGAAACCUUUGGCCUGAUUGUUCCCGGCGACUGGAUCGACUUCUUCAGAUACGUGGGCGAGUCGUAUCAGGGCGUCAUCGUACCGGAGAAUGACAACCGUGAUCUCCGAGCGCUGAUACUGCCUAAAGUGAUGGCAGCCAAGGAUCGCUUCGACGUCAAUUUUGUACGAGACUACAACCCGCCAGUGGUCGGGGACUGGUUGGACACCGAAAACGUUCUGCCGGGGCCACUGGAGCCGUAUUUCCUCCGCGCCAAUACGGGCCCGAGAUGGAUGCUUGGGGGGGUCAUGUCGCGGCCGUUCAUCAACGCGGCUCAGUGCGGCGGGAAGUUUGCGAUAUCGAGCAUUGAAUCAUCCAGUCGAUACGGAGAGAAUCCGUUGGCCCGGUGGCUGACCUUCCCGACGACCGAUCAUUGUUUCUGCGUCGCUGAGGGCUUGCUGAGAGUCAAGAUAAAGGGGGAGGAGGGGGUGUGGAACGAUGUGAGGGAAGGACAAACGGUAGUGGUAGCGGCUGGCCAGACUUUUGCGCUGGAGUUUGGCAGUCGAUAUGUGCGGGCAAUAUCCUUUACCAAUGGGUGCGGUAUUGAGGAGCUCAUACAAACCGCUGGAUCUUCGUUCCCCGGUGUUGUCCUGCCAGAUGAGACAGACCCAUGGGACGGUAAGUUGUUCGACGGCGUCUGCGCCGAGCUCGGUGUGGCGACAGAGUAGAUCAAUGUGCUGUACGUACAUGUACUGUACAUGCGCUACUCCCUAGAUAGUAUCGCGAAGCUUGGUAGGCUAGGCUGAAUCCAUCCUACCCUC